AUGGUCACCAAGAAGCUUCUAAAAGAAAUCUUCCCCAGAUACGGGAUGCCACAGGUAUUAGGGUCGGAUAACGGGCCUGCCUUUGUCUCCCAGGCCCAUCUACAGGCCCUGCAGUUGGUGCAACAGGAGGUCUGGAAGCCAAUAGCAGCGGCCUACCAGAAAGGGAUAAAAUCACUCUCCGUACCUCAUCCCUUUAAAAUCGGUGACACCGUCUGGGUCCAGAGACACCAGAUCAAGAACCUAGAACCUCGCUGGAAAGGACCCUAUACUAUUAUCAAUCAGGACACCGGGGCAGUCGCUAACUCCACUACCAUGCGGGGUGUUAUAAAUGCAACCUUUCCCCCUUUACAUGUAGAUCUUUGCGACCUAGUGGGUAAGCGAUGGGAUCACUCAGAACAAGCACUCUUCCCUGGCUAUGGCUGUCAACACACGGGCCAGCACAUAUCCACACGCAAACUUGACAUAUAUGUUUGCCCAGGACAUAACCGUGAUAAAGAACUCCAACAUAGAGGUGGUGAACCGGGAGAUGGGUAUUGUGCUAAAUGGGGAUGUGAGACCACUGGGACCACCUAUUGGAAACCCACUUCUUCCUGGGACUUAAUCACCCUCCAGCGAGGAACUAUCCCAGGGUAUAAUGGAGAUGGCCCCUGGACUUGUGGGGGGCAGGAUUGUAGACCAUGCUAUGAUUCAAGUUCCAAACUCCAGGGCAACACCCCUGGAGAAAGAUACAACCCCCUAAUUAUCACUUUUACUGAGGCUGCUAAACGGUCAGCAUGGGAUGCCCCCAAGGCCUGGGGGCUACGGCUGUAUCGUACUGGAAUGGACCCCGCAGCCACCUUCCUAAUCUCCAGAACCAUUUCCCCCACAGCUAUGGCCUCUAUUGGGCCAAACUCUGUGCUACUCGACCAACCGGAUAGGCCAUCCCAGAACCUCCCUAGACCCAAGCCAAACCCCUUGCCAUCUGUCACCACCCUACCUACCCAUGCUACCGGGCAUAGCAAUGCCACUCUACCCCCUAGACUAAAGUUCAGUUCUGCCAGUAGACUAUUAAACUUAAUCAGAGGAGCCCACCAAGCGUUAAACGAAACCCAUCCUGAUAAGGCGGAGGAUUGUUGGCUCUGCUUGACAGCGGCUCCCCCUUAUUAUGAGGGCUUGGCAUUGGACUCGGACCUUAUCAGCUACACAUCUCCCCCUUCCCGAUGCAGCGAAACACCUAAUCAUAAACUAACUCUGCCCCAGGUGACUGGGCAAGGACUAUGUCUUAAAAAUGUUCCCAGAUCGUCUCAAAAACUAUGUAACCGUACAGUCUCAGUAACUCCCAGCAACUCAUACCUGACCGGCCCUAACGGGACUUAUUGGGCCUACAAUACAGGACUAACUCCUUGCGUCUCAGUAUUGGUUCUUAACAUCACAGCUGAUUAUUGUAUACUUGUCCAGCUAUGGCCCCACAUUACGUACCACUCCUCAGAGACUGUGCUAGGAUACUUUGAAAAUCGUUAUCGAUUCAGAAGGGAACCUGUUUCAGUAACAUUAGCUCUUCUCCUGGGAGUGGGGGGGAUAGCGGCUGGUAUAGGGACCGGGACCACUGCCUUACUUCGGAGCAAUCAAAAUAUACAGCUCCAGGCAGCCAUGAAUGAGGAUCUACAGGCCUUAAAAAAAUCAGUUAGAGCCCUCAAGGACUCUUUGAUUUCAUUAUCUGAAUUGGUCCUACAGAAUAGGAGAGGACUAGACCUCCUAUUUCUUAGACAAGGAGGCUUAUGUGCCGCCCUCAAAGAAAAAUGUUGUUUCUACACAGACAAAACUGGGGUAGUAACUGAAACUUUGGAUAAACUCAAGGAGAGGCUGACUGUCCGUCAAAAAAAUUCUAAAUCUCAACAAUACUGGUAUGAGGGUUGGUUUAACAAAUCCCCCUGGUUCGCUACAUUGGUCUCUACUCUUAUGGGCCCCCUAAUUAUUUUCAUAUUUGUGUUAACCUUUGGGCCCUGCAUUCUCAACAAACUAGUUCAAUUUAUAAAAUAUAGAUUAACAAUAAUUCAAGCCUUAGUCUUAACUCAACAAUACCAUGCCCUCAAACAGACACAACCAUAAGUAAACCUUAAGUAAAGAG